AUGGACAGAGUUUAUGAAAUUCCUGAGGAGCCAAAUGUGGUUCCUAUUUCAUCUCUGGAAGAAGAUGUCAUCCGUGGGCCUAACCCACGCUUUACCUUCCCGUUUAGUAUCCUCUUCUCCACCUUUUUGUACUGUGGGGAGGCUGCGUCUGCUUUGUACAUGGUUAGAAUUUACCGAAAGAAUAAUGAAACCUUCUGGAUGACAUACACAUUUUCCUUUUUCAUGUUUUCAUCUAUCAUGGUUCAGUUGACCCUCAUUUUUGUCCACAGAGACCUGGCCAAAGAUAGACCACUAUCAUUAUUUAUGCAUCUAAUCCUCUUGGGACCUGUUAUCAGAUGUUUGGAGGCCAUGAUUAAAUACCUUACACUGUGGAAGAAAGAGGGGCAGGAGGAGCCAUAUGUCAGCCUCACCCGAAAGAAGAUGCUAAUAGCUGGCCAGGAGGUGCUGAUAGAAUGGGAGGUGGGCCACUCCAUCCGGACCCUGGCUAUGCACCGCAAUGCCUACAAACGUAUGUCACAGAUUCAAGCCUUCCUGGGCUCAGUGCCCCAGCUGACCUAUCAGCUCUAUGUGAGUCUGAUCUCAGCAGAAGUCCCCCCGGGGAGAGCUGUGUUAAUGGUUUUUUCCCUGAUAUCUGUCACCUAUGGGGCUACCCUCUGCAAUAUGUUGGCUAUCCAGAUCAAGUAUGAUGACUACAAGAUUAGACUUGGGCCACUGGAAGUCCUUUGUAUCACCGUCUGGAGGACAUUGGAGAUCACUUCCCGCCUCGUGAUUCUGGUGCUCUUCUCGGCCACCUUGAAGUUGAAGGCUGUGCCCUUCUUAGUGCUCAACUUCUUGAUCAUCCUCUUUGAGCCCUGGGUUAAGUUCUGGAGGAGUGGUGCCCAAAUGCCAAACAAUAUUGAGAAAAACUUCAGCCGAGUUGGCACUCUGGUGGUACUGAUUUCAGUCACCAUUCUCUAUGCUGGCAUCAACUUCUCUUGCUGGUCAGCCAUGCAGUUGAAGUUGGCAGACAGAGACCUUGUUGACAAAGGUCAGAACUGGGGACAUAUGGGACUGCACUAUAGUGUGAGGCUGGUAGAGAAUGUGAUCAUGGUCUUGGUUUUUAAGUACUUCGGAGUCAAAGUGUUACUGAAUUAUUGUCAUUCCUUGAUUGCUGUGCAGCUUAUUAUUGCUUAUCUGAUUUCCAUUGGGGUCAUGCUCCUCUUCUUCCAGUACUUGCACCCCUUGCGCUCACUCUUCACCAAUAACGUAAUAGACUACCUCCAUUGUAUCUGCUGCCGCAGACCCCGUCGGGAAAGGGUUGAGAACUCAGAGACAUCCUGUGAAGCUGGCACAACACAAAGUAUUGUCUGAUUUUUUUUCUUCUGUACAUUAUAGGGUGGGUCUGGGUUAACACAAGCAACUGUGAAAUUGAAGGAGUUGGUGAGAUCCCUGUGUGUGAGUACUCACAGGAUCAUUUGCUUGACUCUUCUAGUAAACCUAUUGAAAGAAAGAGUGACCUGCUAAGAGGUUUUACUUCUUUAGGAUUGACUGCUAGGUUUGGAUACCAGCACUAGCCACUGU